UUGGUAGUUUGUCUUGUAUUUUUAUAGUCGUGUCCGAUUCAACAUCCAACAAACAGUAUAAGUAUAUCUAUAUCUAUAUAUAUAUAUAUAUUCCUGAGCAUUCUUCAAAAUGUCUGCUGUGAAACGUUUUGCAUCGUGUUCAAUUAUUAUUGAUCAAUCUACGGAUUAUUAAAUUAAUAAUAUACAUUAAUUUCAUCUAUUUAUUUAUUUUUUUUUUAUAUUUAUAGAAAAAAAGUAAAGAAAAGAGUAAAAUAAAAUGUCGAUACCACCGUAUUUAUUGGGUCCAAAUCCAUGGGCCACAAUGCUAGCACAGCAGCAAGCUCAUGCUCAAUUGGCGGCUGCCCAAGCUCACGCUCAAGCUGCGGCUCAUGCCCAAGCUGCACAUCAUGUUCAUGUUCAAGCAAUGGCUGCUGGUCCACCACUUCCACAAAUGCCUAAACAACCAGAAAUAUUAUCUGAAGAAAAAUUACAAGAUAAAGCACAAAAAUGGCAACAAUUACAAUCAAAACGUUUUGCUGAAAAACGUAAAUUUGGAUUUGUUGAUGCGCAAAAAGAAGAUAUGCCGCCGGAGCACAUAAGAAAAAUAAUUCGUGAUCAUGGAGAUAUGAGCAGUAGAAAAUAUCGUCAUGACAAACGUGUUUAUUUAGGAUCAUUAAAAUACAUGCCUCAUGCUGUAAUGAAACUUUUAGAAAAUAUGCCAAUGCCUUGGGAACAAAUAAGAGAUGUUAGAGUACUUUAUCACAUUACUGGAGCUAUUACAUUUGUUAAUGAAAUUCCAUGGGUAAUUGAACCAGUUUAUAUUGCACAAUGGGGUACAAUGUGGAUUAUGAUGAGACGUGAAAAACGUGAUCGAAGACAUUUUAAAAGAAUGAGAUUUCCACCGUUUGAUGAUGAAGAACCUCCACUUGAUUACGCCGAUAAUGUCUUAGAUGUUGAGCCUUUAGAAGCUAUACAAAUAGAUCUUGAUUCAGAAGAUGAUCAACCUGUUGCCGAUUGGUUCUAUGAACACAAACCACUUAUUGGUACAAAACACAUCAAUGGCUCGACUUAUAGAAAAUGGAACUUGACUUUACCUCAAAUGGCAACACUUUAUCGUCUUGCUAAUUCACUGCUUACCGAUUUGGUAGAUCAGAAUUUCUUUUAUCUAUUUGAUCCAAAGUCUUUCUUUACAGCAAAGGCACUUAAUAUGGCUAUUCCUGGAGGUCCAAAGUUCGAGCCUUUAGUUAAAGAUUCGAAUGCCGCGGACGAAGAUUGGAAUGAAUUCAAUGAUAUAAACAAAAUAAUUAUUCGUCAGCCAAUUAGAACCGAGUAUCGGAUUGCCUUUCCGUAUCUUUACAACAAUAUGCCGCAUUUUGUUCAUCUUUCAUGGUAUCAUGCUCCAAACGUUGUUUAUAUAAAAACAGAAGAUCCUGAUUUACCAGCUUUUUAUUUUGAUCCUCUGAUAAAUCCAAUUUCUCAUCGUAAUUCAUUAAAAACAGUUGAACCACAAAUCGAAGAUGAUGAAGAACUUUUAUUAGGUGAUGAAAUUUUAGCAUUGUUACAAGAAAUACCAUUGUAUUCUGAUAAUACAGCAAAUGGUAUUGCUUUAUUGUGGGCACCACGUCCAUUUAAUACAAGAUCUGGACGUACAAGACGAGCUAUUGAUAUUCCAUUAGUUAAAUCUUGGUAUCGUGAACAUUGUCCUCCUGGUCAACCAGUUAAAGUACGUGUUAGUUAUCAAAAAUUACUUAAAUAUUUUGUAUUAAAUGCUUUAAAGCAUCGUCAUCCAAAACCACAAAAAAAACGUUAUUUAUUUAGAUCAUUUAAAGCAACAAAAUUUUUUCAAACAACAACAAUUGAUUGGGUUGAAGCUGGUUUACAAGUAUGCCGUCAAGGUUAUAAUAUGCUUAAUUUACUUAUUCAUCGUAAAAAUUUAAAUUAUCUUCAUCUUGAUUAUAAUUUUAAUUUAAAACCAGUUAAAACAUUAACAACAAAAGAAAGAAAAAAAUCACGUUUUGGUAAUGCAUUUCAUUUAUGCCGUGAAAUAUUAAGAUUAACAAAAUUAAUAAUUGAUUCACAUGUACAAUAUCGUCUUAAUAAUGUUGAUGCAUUUCAACUUGCUGAUGGUUUACAAUAUAUAUUUGCUCAUGUUGGACAAUUAACGGGAAUGUAUCGUUAUAAAUAUAAAUUAAUGAGACAAAUUCGUAUGUGUAAAGAUUUAAAACAUUUAAUAUAUUAUCGUUUUAAUACUGGUCCUGUUGGUAAAGGUCCUGGUUGUGGUUUUUGGUCACCAGGAUGGCGUGUAUGGUUAUUUUUUAUGCGUGGUAUAACACCAUUAUUAGAACGUUGGUUAGGUAAUUUAUUAUCACGUCAAUUUGAAGGACGUCAUUCAAAGGGUGUUGCUAAAACAGUAACUAAACAAAGAGUUGAAUCACAUUUUGAUUUAGAAUUACGUGCAUCUGUAAUGCAUGAUAUUGUUGAUAUGAUGCCAGAAGGUAUUAAACAAAAUAAAGCACGUACAAUAUUACAACAUUUAAGUGAAGCAUGGCGUUGUUGGAAAGCAAAUAUACCAUGGAAAGUACCUGGUUUACCAAUACCUAUUGAAAAUAUGAUAUUACGUUAUGUUAAAAUGAAAGCUGAUUGGUGGACAAAUACAGCACAUUAUAAUCGUGAAAGAAUACGUCGUGGUGCAACUGUUGAUAAAACAGUAUGUAAAAAAAAUCUUGGUAGAUUAACAAGAUUAUAUUUAAAAGCUGAACAAGAACGUCAACAUAAUUAUUUAAAAGAUGGUCCAUAUAUAUCACCAGAAGAAGCUGUUGCAAUAUAUACAACAACAGUACAUUGGUUAGAAUCACGUCGUUUUGCACCAAUACCAUUUCCACCAUUAUCAUAUAAACAUGAUACUAAAUUAUUAAUAUUAGCAUUAGAACGUCUUAAAGAAGCAUAUAGUGUUAAAUCAAGAUUAAAUCAAAGUCAAAGAGAAGAAUUAGGUUUAAUUGAACAGGCAUAUGAUAAUCCACAUGAGGCAUUAUCACGUAUAAAACGUCAUUUAUUAACACAAAGAGCAUUUAAAGAAUGUGGUAUUGAAUUUAUGGAUUUAUAUAGUCAUUUAAUACCAGUAUAUGAUGUUGAACCAUUAGAAAAAAUAACAGAUGCAUAUUUAGAUCAAUAUUUAUGGUAUGAAGCUGAUAAAAGACGUUUAUUUCCACCAUGGAUAAAACCAUCUGAUUCUGAACCACCACCAUUACUUGUAUAUAAAUGGUGUCAAGGUAUUAAUAAUUUACAAGAUGUAUGGGAUGUUAAUGAUGGUGAAUGUAAUGUAUUAUUAGAAUCAAAAUUUGAAAAAUUAUAUGAAAAAAUUGAUUUAACAUUAUUAAAUAGAGUAUUACGUUUAAUUGUUGAUCAUAAUAUUGCUGAUUAUAUGACAGCUAAAAAUAAUGUUGUUAUUAAUUAUAAAGAUAUGAAUCAUACAAAUAGUUAUGGUAUAAUACGUGGUUUACAAUUUGCAUCAUUUAUAUCACAAUAUUAUGGUUUAGUAUUAGAUUUAUUGGUAUUAGGUUUACAAAGAUCUAGUGAAAUGGCUGGACCACCACAAAUGCCAAAUGAUUUUUUAACAUAUCAAGAUAUUGAAUCUGAAAUAUCACAUCCAAUUCGUUUAUAUUGUCGUUAUGUUGAUAAAAUUCAUAUAUUUUUACGUUUUACAUCUGAUGAAGCACGUGAUUUAAUACAACGUUAUUUAACAGAACAUCCAGAUCCAAAUAAUGAAAAUAUUGUUGGUUAUAAUAAUAAAAAAUGUUGGCCACGUGAUGCACGUAUGCGUUUAAUGAAACAUGAUGUUAAUUUAGGACGUGCUGUAUUUUGGGAUAUUAAAAAUCGUUUACCACGUUCAACAACAACAAUACAAUGGGAAAAUAGUUUUGUUAGUGUUUAUUCAAAAGAUAAUCCAAAUUUAUUAUUUAAUAUGAGUGGUUUUGAAUGCCGUAUAUUACCUAAAUGCCGUACAAUAAAUGAUGAAUUUAAUCAUCGUGAUGGUGUAUGGAAUUUACAAAAUGAAAUAACUAAAGAAAGAACAGCACAAUGUUUUUUACGUGUUGAUGAUGAAAGUUUACAACGUUUUCAUAAUCGUGUUAGACAAAUAUUAAUGGCAUCUGGUUCAACAACAUUUACUAAAAUAGUUAAUAAAUGGAAUACAGCAUUAAUUGGUUUAAUGACAUAUUUUCGUGAAUCUGUUGUUAAUACACAAGAAUUAUUAGAUUUAUUAGUUAAAUGUGAAAAUAAAAUUCAAACACGUAUUAAAAUUGGUUUAAAUUCUAAAAUGCCAUCACGUUUUCCACCAGUUGUAUUUUAUACACCUAAAGAAUUAGGUGGUCUUGGUAUGUUAUCAAUGGGACAUGUAUUAAUACCACAAUCUGAUUUACGUUGGUCUAAACAAACAGAUAUUGGUAUAACACAUUUUCGUUCUGGUAUGAGCCAUGAUGAAGAUCAAUUAAUACCAAAUUUAUAUCGUUAUAUACAACCAUGGGAAUCAGAAUUUAUUGAUUCACAGCGUGUAUGGGCUGAAUAUGCAUUAAAAAGACAAGAAGCAAAUGCACAAAAUCGUCGUUUAACAUUAGAAGAUUUAGAGGAUAGUUGGGAUCGUGGUAUACCAAGAAUAAAUACAUUAUUUCAAAAAGAUCGUCAUACAUUAGCAUAUGAUAAAGGUUGGAGAAUAAGAACAGAAUUUAAACAAUAUCAAGUAUUAAAACAAAAUCCAUUUUGGUGGACACAUCAACGUCAUGAUGGUAAAUUAUGGAAUUUAAAUAAUUAUCGUACAGAUAUGAUACAAUCAUUAGGUGGUGUUGAAGGUAUAUUAGAGCAUACAUUAUUUAAAGGUACAUAUUUUCCAACAUGGGAAGGUUUAUUUUGGGAAAAAGCAUCUGGUUUUGAAGAAUCAAUGAAAUAUAAAAAAUUAACAAAUGCACAACGUUCUGGUUUAAAUCAAAUACCAAAUCGUCGUUUUACAUUAUGGUGGUCACCAACAAUAAAUCGUGCAAAUGUAUAUGUUGGUUUUCAAGUACAAUUAGAUUUAACAGGUAUAUUUAUGCAUGGUAAAAUACCAACAUUAAAAAUAUCAUUAAUACAAAUAUUUCGUGCUCAUUUAUGGCAAAAAGUACAUGAAUCAAUUGUUAUGGAUUUAUGUCAAGUAUUUGAUCAAGAAUUAGAUGCAUUAGAAAUUGAAACAGUACAAAAAGAAACAAUACAUCCACGUAAAUCAUAUAAAAUGAAUUCAUCGUGUGCUGAUAUAUUAUUAUUUUCAGCAUAUAAAUGGAAUGUAUCAAGACCAUCAUUAUUAGCUGAUACUAAAGAUACAAUGGAUAAUACAACAACACAAAAAUAUUGGAUUGAUGUACAAUUAAGAUGGGGUGAUUAUGAUUCACAUGAUAUUGAACGUUAUGCACGUGCUAAAUUUUUAGAUUAUACAACAGAUAAUAUGUCAAUAUAUCCAUCACCAACUGGUUUAUUAAUAGCUAUUGAUUUAGCAUAUAAUUUACAUAGUGGUUAUGGUAAUUGGUUUCCUGGUUGUAAACCAUUAAUACAACAAGCAAUGGCUAAAAUAAUGAAAGCAAAUCCAGCAUUAUAUGUAUUACGUGAACGUAUUAGAAAAGCAUUACAAUUAUAUUCAUCAGAACCAACAGAACCAUAUUUAUCAUCACAAAAUUAUGGUGAAUUAUUUAGUAAUCAAAUAAUAUGGUUUGUUGAUGAUACUAAUGUAUAUCGUGUUACAAUACAUAAAACAUUUGAAGGUAAUUUAACAACAAAACCAAUAAAUGGAGCAAUAUUUAUAUUUAAUCCACGUACUGGACAAUUAUUUUUAAAAAUAAUUCAUACAUCUGUAUGGGCUGGACAAAAACGUCUUGGACAAUUAGCUAAAUGGAAAACAGCUGAAGAAGUUGCUGCAUUAAUUCGUUCAUUACCUGUUGAAGAACAACCUAAACAAAUAAUUGUUACAAGAAAAGGUAUGUUAGAUCCAUUAGAAGUACAUUUAUUAGAUUUUCCAAAUAUUGUUAUAAAAGGUUCAGAAUUACAAUUACCAUUUCAAGCAUGUUUAAAAGUUGAAAAAUUUGGUGAUUUAAUAUUAAAAGCAACAGAACCACAAAUGGUAUUAUUUAAUUUAUAUGAUGAUUGGUUAAAAACAAUAUCAUCAUAUACUGCAUUUUCACGUCUUAUACUUAUAUUACGUGCAUUACAUGUUAAUACUGAAAGAACAAAAGUUGUACUUAAACCAGAUAAAACAACAAUAACAGAACCACAUCAUAUAUGGCCAUCAUUAACAGAUGAUGAAUGGAUUAAAGUUGAAGUACAAUUAAAAGAUUUAAUAUUAGCUGAUUAUGGUAAAAAAAAUAAUGUUAAUGUUGCAUCAUUAACACAAUCAGAAAUACGUGAUAUAAUAUUAGGUAUGGAAAUAAGUGCACCAUCAGCACAACGACAACAAAUCGCUGAAAUAGAAAAACAAACAAAAGAACAAUCACAAUUAACAGCAACAACAACAAGAACUGUUAAUAAACAUGGUGAUGAAAUAAUAACAGCAACAACAUCUAAUUAUGAAACACAAACAUUUAGUUCUAAAACAGAAUGGCGUGUACGUGCUAUAUCAGCAACUAAUUUACAUUUAAGAACAAAUCAUAUUUAUGUAUCAUCUGAUGAUAUUAAAGAAACUGGUUAUACAUAUAUAUUACCUAAAAAUAUACUCAAAAAAUUUGUUACAAUAUCUGAUUUACGUGCACAAAUUGCUGGUUAUUUAUAUGGUAUUAGUCCACCAGAUAAUCCACAAGUUAAAGAAAUACGUUGUAUUGUUAUGUCACCACAAUGGGGUACACAUCAAACAGUACAUUUACCAAUAACAUUACCAAAUCAUCAAUAUUUAAAAGAAAUGGAACCACUUGGUUGGAUACAUACACAACCAAAUGAAUUACCACAAUUAUCACCACAAGAUAUAUCAACACAUGCUAAAAUAAUGGCUGAUAAUACAAUAUGGGAUGGUGAAAAAACAAUUGUUAUAACAUGUAGUUUUACACCUGGUUCAUGUUCAUUAACAGCAUAUAAAUUAACACCUAGUGGAUUUGAAUGGGGUAAACAAAAUACUGAUAAAGGUAAUAAUCCAAAAGGUUAUUUACCAAGUCAUUAUGAAAAAGUUCAAAUGUUAUUAUCAGAUAGAUUUCUUGGAUUUUUUAUGGUACCAAGUCAAGGAUCAUGGAAUUACAAUUUCAUGGGUGUUAAACAUUCACCAAAUAUGAAAUACGAAUUACAAUUGGCAAAUCCAAAAGAAUUUUAUCAUGAAAUACAUAGACCCGGACACUUUUUAAAUUUUUCAAGUUUAGAAGAUGGAGAUGGUGUAGGAGCUGAUCGUGAAGAUCAUUAUGCUUAAAAUUUAAUUCAUUAAUUAAUUUACGACUUUUUAUAUAUAAUCAUAACAUAAUUAUUUAAGUACAGUAUAAAAUCAUUAUUUUUAAAUUAAUUAAAUAUACACUAUUAAUCUUAAUUACAAAGAAAAAAAAAAAAAAUUAAAAAUUUUUUUUUUUCUAUCUAAUGACUAGAAUAUUGUACUGUUAUAUAAAAAAAAAUAAUUGUCAUAAACAUUGUACAUAAAUUUUUUCAAAAAUACAUACGAUUGAUAUUUGCAUAUAA